AUGUCGUCUGGAAAUGCUGUCAUCGGCAAGCCUGCCCCAGCCUUUAAAGCCACAGCUGUAGUCAAUGGACAGUUCAAGGACAUUCAGCUGUCUGACUACAAAGGAAAAUAUGUGGUGUUUUUCUUCUACCCUCUGGACUUCACAUUUGUCUGCCCCACUGAGAUCGUGGCAUUCAGCGACCGAGUGGACGAGUUCCGCAAAAUCGGUUGCGAGGUUCUCGCCUGCUCUGUCGACUCUCACUUCAGUCACUUGGCCUGGAUUAACACACCACGGAAGCAAGGAGGUCUGGGUAACAUGAAAAUCCCCCUUGUGGCAGACCUCACAAAGAGCAUUUCCAGAGACUAUGGCGUGCUGAAGGAGGAUGAUGGCAUUUCGUACAGGGGACUGUUUGUGAUUGACGACAAAGGCAUUUUGAGGCAGAUCACCAUCAAUGACUUGCCGGUGGGUCGCUCUGUGGAUGAGACCAUGCGCCUUAUCCAGGCAUUCCAGCACACUGACAAAUAUGGUGAAGUGUGCCCCGCGGGCUGGAAACCAGGCGGUGACACGAUCAUCCCUGACGUUGAGAAGAGUAAAGAGUUCUUCUCCAAGCAGUAA